AUGAAACUCAUGAAGAACUUCGGGAUUGACUAUUUUCGUUACCAAUCGCAGGCCUGGCGAAUUUGUGGAGCGUUGCAUCUCAGCGAAGGCAACUACUUUAGUUGGGCGACGGUUUCCUGCAUCAUCAUGUUCCUGCCGGGGCCCUUGCUAUUGGGGGCACUGCUCAGCUACGAUGAUCCCUUGGAAAACAACUACAACCUCUGCCUAACUAUCAUAACGAUGUCCAAUUUCUUAAAGUUUUCUAUGUACGUGACACAACUAACUAAGCUGGUCGAUAUUCAGAAGCUCAUUGUGAAACUGGACGCCCGGGUUUCUGGAAAGGAUCAGAUAGUCCGGCGAGAGGAAAUGUCGAACCACAUUCAGAGACUUUCUCAACUGUUUCUGAUAACAUAUCUCAUUCUGUCUGUUGGCGCUGGCGUUCUUUUUAUCUUCGAAAGAGAGCGCAGCUUGCCUUUCCCCAUGUGGUUUCCCUUUGACUGGAGAAACUCAACCACUGCCUAUUUUGGAGCGUUGGUUUUCCAACAGAUUGCACUGCUCUUUCAAGACUUGCAGAAUUAUCCAUGCGACUCCUUUCCGCCUAUAGCGUUGUUCUUGGUUUCCGAGCAAUGUCAGUUGCUGAUUGGAAGGAUAUCCAAAAUUGGAUAUGGUUCAACGGAUGUAAAGAAGAAUGAACAGGACCUUGUCCACUGCAUCAGGGAUCAAAACAAACUUUACAGCUUACUGGAAUUGAUCCGAACCAUGAUUUCCCUACCGAUGAUGAUACAAUUCUUAGUUAUUGGCAUUAAUAUCGCAGUUGUCUUGUUUGGUCUGAUUUUCUAUGUGGAUACCUUGUCGGAUAGCGUUUUCUACGUGUGCUUUCUUUCGGCCAUCACACUGCAGAUAUAUCCAGCGUGCUAUUAUGGAACCAAGGUGCAGGAGAGCUUUGCGGAGCUCCACUACGCAGUAUUCUGCAGCAACUGGGUGGACCAGAGCGUCACCUUUCGGGGAUUGAUGUUGAUCAUGGGGGAACGCACCAAGGCACAUCAGAUACUCCUCGCCGGCAACCUGGUGCCCAUCCACUUGAGCACCUUUGUGGCCUGUUGCAAGGGAGCCUACUCCUAUUUUACCCUUCUGGCCGACCGAGAUGGGCAGAGCUCUGUUUAG